UAUCAGAAGAAAUAUCUGAGAGAGGAGAAGCUGGUUUAAGAGGAAGUGGAGUAAACUUGUUCGCCUUUUGUUGUUGACCCUUAAAUAUGCACCACCAAACUAAAGAGAUCAAAGCUUCCCAGUGAGCCAUCCAUUCACUUCUGAUCCUUAAACACUAUUACACCACACGUUGGUACUACUAAAUACAUGGACUCUGUACACAGAUGGGGUGGCUGAUGUGUCCAGAUAUGGACCCAUACACUAGUGGCAUCUAGAUAUUUUUAGAUAUUUUUAGGGAUGGCAAAUUGUGGACUGUAGGAUCAGAUGGGGUAGGCAAUGGAAUCUGUUUCACAGCCAUAGGAUCUUGGGACGAUAUUAGAGGUGGUGGGUUGUUUCAGAUAUUUUUAGAAUUUUUAGGAGAGGGUUAGAUUUUUCUGUGUUUUAUGCUGCGCUUGCCAACAAGAAGACCAAGAAAAGCACCUCCCAAAAAAAAGUGCAAAAAAUACUGUGACUUUAGAGGCAGGGAGAGAUUGUAACGUGAUGGGGGAGGUAGUGAUUAGUAGUGGUGAAGAAUUGGAAGUGAGAUCAAAGAGUGAAAGAGAGGAGGAAAAACAGAGGAAACAGAGUAAAGAAGAAACGGCAGGGGAGGUGAAAAAAAAGAAGAAAAAGAAGAAAGAAGGUGAAGGUUUGAAUGACGGGUUAGUGAGAGGGGACGGGUUUCUACCAAGAAUGGUGUUGAGGGUGCUGUUAGUUGAAGCUGAUGAUUCAACUAGACAGAUAAUUGCUGCUCUUCUUAGGAAAUGUAGUUAUAGAGUUGUUAGUGUUCCUGACGGCUUAAAGGCAUGGGAGAUACUGAAAGGAAGGCCACAUGGCAUAGACCUCAUAUUGACUGAAGUGGAUUUGCCUUCAAUAUCUGGAUAUCCUCUUCUUACUAUUAUAAUGGAGCAUGAGAUUUGCAAAAACAUUCCAGUCAUAAUGAUGUCCUCUCAGGAUUCAAUUAGUACAGUUUAUAAAUGCAUGUUGAGAGGUGCUGCUGACUAUCUUGUUAAGCCUUUAAGGAAAAAUGAACUGAGAAACUUGUGGCAACAUGUAUGGAGAAGACAAUCUUCCCUUGCUGGAGGAAAUGGCCCCCAAGAUGAAAGCGUUGGACAGGACAAGAUUGAAGCCACUUCAGAAAAUAGUCCUGCCAGCAAUCAUGCAAGUGGAGAAAUGGCUUCUAUUCAGAGGAGUAAAGGGCAAACAGAGAAAGGGAGUGAUGCUCAGAGCUCUUGUACAAGGCCAGACUUGGAAGCUGAGAGCACUCACAUGGAAAAUAUGCAGGAAUUUUUGCAGCCUGUACGGAGCAUAUUUUCGUUGACUGACAUGAAUAUUCAGAAGCCUGAAAUGCAUGUGAAUCUGGGUCAGAAAUUGCUUUUGCAUGAUAGAGAAGCUGAAGGUUCCGCUGCAGCUGCCCGCGAGGAUGCUAAUAAAAUGGAUGUGGAUAUGGAAAUUUCUCCAGGAAAUGGAAGAACGGAUGCUUAUGUUGCCAUUGAGAGUUGUGACAACUAUGGUGCCCUUGCCAACUCUCACAGAGAAGCCUUUGAUUUCAUGGGAGCAUCUACUAAUCGCAGUUCUUCUUUCAAUAACAUCAAAAUCAACUUUGAUUCUUCUCCACAUUUGGAUCUUUCCUUGAGAAGAUCUCAUCCAAGUGGGUUUGAGAUUCGACAUACAGAAGAAAGAUGCGCUCUCCAGCAUUCUAAUGCCUCAGCCUUUACCCAGUACAUUAACAGGCCUCUGCAGCUUCCACAUUCAGCACUGGAAAGUACUGGGAAUCAGAAGGAAUUAGGAACCAAUUAUGACAGAAAAAUAUCCAGUACUGGCUGCAACUCUGAUGCCCUGAGUCUAGCACCAAGCACUCAAAAAAGUGAUAUCUCUCUGGCAGCUGGUCAAACCAAGGAAUCUGAAAUUGCAACUUCAUCUCCUGGACAAAGUGUGUUUCCGAUCCAAAUUCAAGCAAAGGAAACAAGACUCAAUAAUCUAUGCAACAGUUAUGGCUCUGUGUUUCCCCCAAUAUUUUGCAAACAAUCAGGUUUAUCACCAGCGAUGAGUCCAGGUUCAGCUUGCCAGCAAGAGCCUACCUAUAAAGUGAACCAAUUUCAACAUUCCAAUCAUGGGAGCACCUCCGAACAGCUCUAUGAUCGACUUGGUCAGCAUACAAAUGAUUCCACCAAUGGUUCACUAAAAAAGCAAGAAAACAGAUUGGAUUCCUUGGAAGAUAGAGGACUUAUUUCUCCUGCCACUGAUCAGAGUGCAAGUAGCAGUUUCUGUAAUGGUGCUGCAAGUCACUUUAACAGCAUGGGCUAUGGAAGCACUUCUGGAAGCAAUGGAAAUGUUGAUCAAGUUGCUAUUGUCAGGGAUGCUUCUGAGAGCAAGAAUGAGGAAGGUGCUUUCACACAUUCAUACUCUCAUAGAUCUAUUCAAAGAGAAGCAGCUCUAACUAAGUUUCGCUUGAAGCGUAAAGAGAGAUGCUAUGAGAAGAAGGUUCGGUAUGAGAGCAGAAAAAAACUUGCUGAGCAUCGUCCUAGAGUGAAAGGACAAUUCGUUCGCCAAGUGCACAUUGAUCCGUCACCUGCGGAAACUGAUCAGUAGAGUGGCAAUUCAAGUGAUAGUAAGCUAUUGUAAUUAAAGUCGAUUAGGGUGGAUUCAGUGAUAACUUAGAGAGCUCUGAUUGUAUCUUCGUUCCGCUCCUUGAAGCCUAGAGGGAACAAUAUGUUAGUCUGAAGUUGUUCCUGGCAUCACGUCCAUGCUUGAGCCGAUUUGUAGAUAUAACUGCGUAGUUUUCUAUUUCACAGGUUUUUCUUCCGUACAUUCCAUGAGGAACAUCCUCUAUUAAUUUUUGACGUAUAUUUACGUCAAAAACAUGUAGGUAUUUAGUACAUGAACUAGGAAAAACUUUGUCGAGAUCCAACCAGCUUGUCUGUGCCUGGUUUUCAAGCUUGGCUUCGUUUAUGUUUCUGUGGCCAUUUUUCUGACUAAUUGUUAUAUAUCUUUCAGACCAUUGAACUCCAGGUGUUGCCAUUGGUUGACUAUGCAAGUGAUAGUUUUGUAAACGUGCCGUCUCAACUACAUAGAUAUUUUGAACAGGUUUUUAUGCCUAAUGGCACUGAACAGCAUGAUCUGUUUUUGUUU